GGAAUGAAACAAAGCCGCCCUUCACCUAAGUUUCCUCUACCUACGAAAGUGGGAAGGGAGUAGUUCCCCAUCCAUCUGCCAUUUCCAUUUCCAUUUCCAUUCCCAAUUAUAGUCUUCUUCUUCUUCUUCUUCUUCUUCUUCUUCUUCUUCCAUUUACUUCUUCUUCCGCUGCCAUUCCCGUGAGCUGCAGAAAUAAGCCAUGAACAUGAACUCCAAGCUUAUCUUUACCGCAACGGUACUGGCCGUGUUCUCCAUCAUCUUCGCUUUGAGAAACCCAUUUCUUCUGUUUGCUCCACCUACGAUUCCCGGUUCCAAAGACCGCCUCCCCGCCGCAGAAAUUAUCCAAAUUCCUGGAGCCGUCGGACCGGAGAGCCUCGCGUUCGACCCCGCCGGCGAAGGCCCCUACGCCGGGGUGGCCGACGGCCGGAUUCUGAAGUGGCUAGGACAUUCCCAUGGUUGGAUUGAUUUCGCCCACACCUCCUCCCACAGGAAGGACUGUGUGCGUCCAUUUGCACCGGAGGUGGAACACGUUUGCGGAAGGCCAUUAGGAUUAAGGUUUGAUAAGAAAACGGGGGACCUCUACAUUGCAGAUGCCUACUUGGGGCUUCAAGUUGUUGGACCAGCUGGGGGUUUGGCUUCCCAAUUGGUCACGGAAGCUGAAGGCCAGCCAUUUCGCUUCACCAACGACAUGGACAUUGAUGAGCAUGACGAUGUGAUUUACUUCACAGAAACAAGCACAUUCUUUCAGAGAAGGCAAUUCAUGUCAUCGAUUUUAAGCAACGACAAGACAGGCAUGUUGCUGAAAUACAAUAAAUCAAGCAAAGAAGUAACGGUUUUACUACGAGGCCUUGCUUUUGCAAAUGGUGUGGCGUUGAGCAAAGAUCAAUCAUUCGUUUUGGUUGCAGAAACCAGUUCUUGCAAGAUCCUAAGGUUUUGGCUUCACGGCCCGAAUGCCGGAAGUACUGAGGUUUUUGCUGAAGUACCAGGGUUUCCAGAUAACAUUAGAAGGAAUUCGAAAGGGGAGUUUUGGGUGGCUUUGCAUGCCAAGAAAGGGCAAUUGGCAGAAUGGAUUAUGUCUUAUCCUUGGCUUGGGAAGACAUUGUUAGGGCUCCCACUUAGCUUCAAGCAACUGCACUCCUUGUUUGUGGGAGAGAAGGCCCAUGCAACUGCUAUAAAGCUAAGUGAGGAGGGAGAAAUUUUGGAGGUCUUAGAAGAUGCUGAAGGAAAGAGCUUGAGAUUUAUCAGUGAAGUGGAGGAGAAGAAUGGAAAAUUGUGGAUUGGGUCAGUGUUGAUGCCCUUCAUUGGCAUUUACAACUUGCAUUAGAGAGUACUUUCUACAAUACACGUUUGGGAGUGUAGAAUUUGAGUUUUGGUUUUGAAACUGUGUAAUACGUUCAAAUUCGCGUAAUUCUAAAUCGAAUGCUCCAAAUUCCUUGCUUCCAAA